AUGAGAAUCCUUCACAUCAUCGAGAAAUCAGUGAAUAUCCAUGCUCGGGACAAGACGGGCCGGACUCCGCUGUCCGUGGCUUUGCUCAACGGAAACACGAAGAUGGCCGAAUGGCUUCUCGGAACAGGCGCUGAUCCGAAUUUGGCCGAUAAGACGGGAUGGACUCCUCUGCACAUUAUAUGCAUGAGAUGCCCUACUUUUUUAAUAAAGUUCUUGAAAAUCAUUGAAGACAGGGAGCCACCAGUGGAGUUCAAUGCCAAGACCAUCGAAGGUAGAACACCAUUGAAAUUGUUAAGGGAAUACAAGCCCACAAACUACAAGAACUAUUCGUCAGUUUUGGAGAAACUAGGCGCGAGGCUUGACUAA